CGUUGCAGUUCCACAAAAGCCCGUGCCGAGUCGUCGGCUCGUUUCUGGGCGCCGCCUCAACUGACUCUUCUCCGGCGUCAACUCCCUCUUUCGCCGUCGUCCCGAUCGCCUACUGUGAUCUCCUGUUGUAGUAUAAGCCGACGGCACCCAGGAUUUCUCCGCCGUUGCUCCGUGAGCUUUCCCCAGUUCUCGGUCGAGCAGCUUUGGAGUUCGAUCUGCUUUCGGAACAAGAAGACCCUCCUCGAUUGGCGCUGCACAGGGCUUGGCGCGCCAUGGAGUUGAACGUCUCUUUCUCUGUCGACAACCCGCCGCUGUCGGUGAUCGCUGCUGCUAAGAUCGCCGGCAUCAGGCUCUCCACUGAUCCCUUCCUCCCUCCUGGCUCCGAUCCUGCCAUCCGUCUCGCUUCUGGGGAAGUUUUACAAGGUACUGACACACUACUCCGGCACAUUGGUAGUAUCGCAGCUCUUCCUAAUUUUUAUGGGCAGGACAGGUUGGAAGCUGAGCAGAUUGAUAAAUGGCUUGAGUUUUCCUUGGUCUUUUUGUCUGGAUCUGAAUUUGAGAAUGCCUGUUCACAUGUUGAUGGGCAUCUUACUUUGCGAACCUUGUUGGUUGGUUUUUAUGUGUCCAUUGCUGACAUUGCAAUAUGGUCUGCCCUUGCAGGCACUGGGCAAAGGUGGGAAAGUCUUAGAAAAUCAAAGAAGUACCAGAAUUUGGUUCGUUGGUUUAAUUCAAUAUUGACUGAACAUGGCGAUGCUUUAAAUGAAGUCAUUGCUGCAUAUGUCGGCAAGAGAGGAUUAGGGAAGGUUCAUGUAGGUAAUUCUAAGGGUAUUGUAGGUAGUGGCAAUUCAAAAGAUUCUAGUGGAAGGGCUCUGCCAAAGGAAAAUACUGCCGGAUUUGAGGUAGAUCUUCCUGGUGCUAAAGUUGGAGAAGUACGCUUGCGGUUUGCUCCUGAGCCUAGUGGCUAUCUCCAUAUUGGGCAUUCAAAGGCUGCUUUGCUGAACACAUACUUUGCUGAGAGGUAUCAAGGGCAGUUACUAAUUCGCUUCGACGACACUAAUCCUUCAAAAGAAAGCAGUGAAUUUGUAGAUAAUGUUCUGAAGGACAUUGAUACGUUGGGUGUUACGUAUGAAAAGGUUACUUACACAUCAGAUUACUUUGAUGAUUUGAUGAAAAUGGCUGAAAAGUUGAUCCUUGAGGGAAAAGCUUAUGUGGAUGAUACACCCAGGGAACAAAUGCAAAAGGAGAGGAUGGAUGGGAUUGAUUCAAGGUGUAGGAACAAUACUGUAGAGGAGAAUAUGGCAAUGUGGAAAGAGAUGAUUACAGGUUCGGUGAGAGGCUUACAAUGCUGUGUAAGGGGUAAGCUGGAUAUGCAAGACCCUAACAAAUCUCUUCGAGAUCCUGUUUACUACCGCUGCAAUCUGGAUUCUCACCACCGUAUUGGGCCCAAGUAUAAGGUGUAUCCAACUUAUGACUUUGCAUGUCCAUUUGUUGAUUCUGUUGAGGGUAUUACUCAUGCCCUUAGAGCAAGUGAAUAUCAUGAUCGCAAUGCACAGUAUCAUCGCAUUCUUGCGGAUAUGGCCCUGCGAGAUGUCCAAAUAUAUGAAUUUAGCCGGUUGAACAUGGUAUAUACACUUCUAAGCAAGAGAAAACUUCUUUGGUUUGUCCAAAAUGGGAAAGUAGAUGGGUGGGAUGAUCCACGUUUCCCAACUGUCCAGGGGAUUGUGCGUAGAGGCCUAAAGAUUGAGGCACUCGUACAAUUCAUUCUUCAACAGGGUGCCUCCAAAAAUCUGAACUUGAUGGAAUGGGACAAAUUGUGGACCAUCAAUAAGAAGAUAAUUGAUCCUGUUUGCCCAAGACACACUGCUGUCAUUGAAGAGAAGAGUGUAAUUUUGAUCCUUGAAAAUGGACCGGAGAAACCUUUUGUUAGAAUUAUACCUAGACAUAAAAAAUAUGAGCCAGCUGGCCAGAAGGCUACGACCUAUACAAAGAGAAUAUGGUUAGACCAUGUUGAUGCAUCGUCAAUCACAGAGGGAGAGGAGGUCACAUUGAUGGAUUGGGGCAAUGCCGUUGUGAAAGAGAUCAAGAAGGAAGAUGGAAAUAUAACCCAGCUGGUUGGUGUUCUCCACCCUGAAGGCUCAGUGAAAACAACAAAGUUGAAGCUAACUUGGCUUCCUGAAACCGAGGAAUUGGUUCACCUUUCUCUUCUUGAAUUUGACUACUUGAUAAAAAAGAAAAAGCUUGAAGAAGGGGAAGACUUUCUUGAUAAUCUAAAUCCCUGCACAAGGCGUGAAACACUAGCAAUUGGAGAUGCCAACAUGCGGAACCUGAAGCGAGGCGAGAUAAUCCAGCUCGAAAGGAAAGGCUACUACAAGUGCGAUGUGCCGUUCUUGCGCCCUUCCAAGCGAGUCGUGCUAUUCGCAAUUCCUGAUGGACGACAGCAGGCUUCCCUUAAUUGAUCUAGGUGAAACAACUCCAUCCAUACAAUUUGGAUGGACAUUUUUGUUUAUGGUUCAUCUGCACAUCUGGAAUGAGACCGACUCUAUCUCUGUAACUCUUCUUUUGCAACCAUUUCGCGCCUAACCUGUUGCAACAAUUGAUAACCGACUAUCACAUUUAGAGUUAUUUUGUUAUCUCACCCUCUUAAACUUACGUCGGUAAUUUAUCAAAAGUGUACUUAGGUUUUUGAAUUUACCAAAGUUACAUAAUAUUUAUCAAAGAGGGUAUCUUUUUACA